AUGAAUAUCAUAUCAACGCCCACACCCGCACACCCUUGGACAGAAACUGGUCCUUUUCGAUUUUUAGAUCAAAAUACCAUAGUUACAAAUAAUGGUUCAUGGCAUUUCUAUGCUAAUCUUUUAUUCAUUGAUCAACCUAUUGGUACUGGAUUUUCUUAUGUUGAUAGAGGGAUGCUUAUAGAAGAACUCGAUGUAAUGGCAGAACAUUUUCUCGAUCGAUAUGUUGAGGUAUGUCCUGCAUUACUUGAAGAAGAUAUUUAUUUAGCUGGUGAAUCUUUUGGUAGUCAAUAUAUUCCUUAUAUUGCAAAAGCAAUUUUUGAAAAACGAUCAUUAUUGAAACUACGUGGUCUUCUCACUGGAGAUGGAUGGUUUGAUCCAAUUUCUCUUUAUAAUUCAUAUUUACCAUAUGCAACUACAAACAAUUUAGUCAAAAACGACUCUGAACUCUAUACUAAUAUUACUCGUCUAGUUGCACUAUGUCAAGAUAUAUUAUCGAAACAAGUACAUAUUUUUGUUAAUCCAUGUUUUCUUAUUCUCGAUGAGAUAAUAUAUAAUGAACCGGUUCAUAACGCAUUUCAAGUAUUUAAUUCUAAACCUUCUAUCGAUCUAUUGCCUGAUUUACUUGGAAAAAUGCCAAUCUUGAUCUAUAAUGGUGAAUAUGAUUUAGUUUGUAAUCAUUGGGCAAUAGAGGACAUGUCAGAUAACAUGACAUGGAGUGGUGAAUCUGAAUUCGAUUUAGGAAAUGGAAGAAUGGUUCCAAUCUAUGCAUGGAUCGCUGAUGGUGAACCUGCAGGUUAG